UACUCUGCUGCUUCUUCCCCCCUUGUCUAUUGACACAGGCUGAGGGUGGGGGUGUAUGUGAGCAGAGUUGAAGGGAGGUUGCCUGGGGAACUAAGCUUGGUGCUAAGAAAGCAAUCUAAGGAGAAGGGCUUCUGGGGAAGAGGGAUGCUCUGGGGGCAGCUCUUGUGACCUCCUCCCCAGGCCCCCAACACCAUGACGGUUUCAUACACACUCAAAGUGGCGGAGGCCCGUUUUGGAGGUUUCUCUGGCUUGCUUCUCCGUUGGAGGGGAAGCAUCUACAAGCUCCUCUACAAGGAAUUCCUCCUCUUCAUUGUCCUGUAUGCUGUGCUCAGCAUCACCUACCGGAUGCUGCUGACCCAGGAACAGAGGCAUGUGUAUGCUCAGGUGGCCCGAUACUGCAAGCGCUCUGCUGACCUCAUCCCCUUGUCCUUUGUACUGGGUUUCUAUGUAACCCUGGUGGUGAACCGCUGGUGGGCCCAAUACACAAGCAUCCCGCUGCCGGACCAGCUGAUGUGCGUCAUCUCAGCCAGCGUGCAUGGCGUGGACCAGCGUGGCCGCCUGCUGCGCCGCACACUCAUCCGCUAUGCCAAUCUGGCCUCGCUGCUGGUGUUGCGAUCGGUCAGCACACGAGUGCGCAAGCGCUUCCCCACCAUGGAGCAUGUGGUGGACGCAGGUUUCAUGUCCCAGGAAGAGAGGAAAAAGUUUGAGAGCCUGAAAUCUGACUUUAACAAAUACUGGGUACCCUGCGUCUGGUUUACCAACCUAGCGGCCCAGGCCCGGAGGGAUGGGCGAAUCCGAGACGACAUUGCUCUCUGUCUGCUCCUGGAAGAGCUGAACAAGUACCGGGCCAAGUGCAGCAUGCUGUUCCACUACGACUGGAUCAGCAUCCCCCUUGUCUACACCCAGGUGGUGACCAUAGCAGUAUACUCCUUCUUUGCCCUCUCCCUGGUUGGUCGCCAGUUUGUGGAGCCAGGGGCAGGGGCUGUCAAACCUCGGGAGCCCCUGGAAACAGCCCAGGAGCUAGCGCCAGCCAUGGGGGACCUGGACAUGUAUGUGCCUCUCACCACACUGCUGCAGUUCUUCUUCUAUGCUGGCUGGCUCAAGGUGGCCGAACAGAUUAUCAACCCCUUUGGUGAGGAUGAUGACGACUUUGAGACUAACCAGCUCAUAGACCGAAACUUGCAGGUGUCCUUGCUAUCUGUGGAUGACAUGUACCAGAACCUGCCUCCAGCCGAGAAGGACCCGUACUGGGACGAAGACUCGGCGCUGCCGCCCUACACAGUGGCCACGGCUGCCGAGUCUCUGCGGCCUUCCUUUCUGGGGUCCACCUUCAACCUCCGCGUGAGUGACGACCCUGAGCAGAACCUGCAGGUGGAGGCGUCCCCCGGUCUGGCUCGGUCGGUACCUGCAGCGCAGACCCCGCUGCUCGGCCGCUUUCUGGCCGCAGGAGCGCCCUCCCCAGCUAUCAGCCUGCGGACCUUCGGCCGCGCACGAGGACCUCCCCGGACCCCCCAUCUACUGCGCUUCCGAGCCGAGGAGGGCGGCGACCCUGAGGUUGCGGACCGCAUUGAGGAGGCGGCGGCGGGGUCAGCGGACGAGGCCCAGGAACCCUGAGCAGAGGCAGCCGGGGCCUGGCGUCCUGCCUCCCCGCCCCCUGGGCCUGCCCUCCAGCGCUGUUGGAGCAGCACGUCCGGUGGACCCUGAGCCAGAGCAUUUACGGGCGGACCCUGGAAGAGGGAGACGGCCGGUCGAGCCAGGGCUGGGAAUGUGUACGCUCUGGCGGGAUAAGACAGGGUGAACUGCUUGGGGAAGUAAAGUUAGGGUACAUGGCAUGAGGCAUAUAAGACUAGAGCCCAAGCCCAGGUGCACCGUUAAUAGCCUCGACAAUGCGAGGUUUAGGCCAAUUCUCAAGAUUGAGGGAGAGGAAUCCCCGAAGGACUCCAUGAAGACAUCCGGGAACCACUUCUGGAGUUUCUGACUCAUUAGAUAUGGAAUGCGGCUCCAUGAUUUGCAAUUCUAGUUCUCAGGGGAUCCCUGGCCUUGUUGGUCAGGGGUUACAAUUUGAGUACACAUAAAAAGAUGUUUUAGAAGGUUGUACCCUGUCCUGAUAACCUUACUCUGAAGAGGGAUCAAAACGUGUACUGGAGUGGGGGCUUUUAUCUGUAAUGUCCAAUUUUUUUAUUCCAAUGAGUAUAUUACUUGUGCAAUACAAUUGUUUAAAAUAGA